CUAUCAAUCGAAGAAGUGGAGACAGUGAAAUGAAGUCAGCAAUAUCAUCAACGACAACACUCUUGAGCUCAAAAAAUCUGAGCCUGAAGCUCCAUCAAAAUCAUUCCCCUUUCUCUCGCUUGCCCUCUUCCCUUUUCCGCUCAAAAUCGAACACCCACUUCCCUUCUUUCCUACCACGUAACAACAGCACUCACAGCCAGAAAUCCCAAAUCCACACUCCAAUAAUGGCUUCUUCUUUCAUGCCCGAGCAAGCCAGAGCCCCUCCCGCUCUUCCCUUACCCGUUCCUCCUGUCACCAAGUUUAAGAUUGGGCUGUGUCAGUUAUCGGUGACGGCUGAUAAAGAGAGGAAUAUUGCGCACGCUCGCAAAGCAAUUGAAGAGGCUGCUGCAAAGGGUGCGAAGCUUGUUAUGUUGCCCGAAAUAUGGAACAGCCCGUAUUCGAAUGAUAGUUUCCCAGUUUAUGCUGAGGACAUUGAUGCAGGUGGUGAGGCGUCUCCUUCUACAGCCAUGCUCUCUGAAGCUGCUCGUCUUCUGAAGAUCACAAUUGUGGGUGGCUCUAUACCAGAACGUUCUGGGGACCGGCUGUAUAAUACAUGUUGUGUCUUUGAUAGUGACGGAAAGUUGAAAGCCAAGCACCGGAAGAUACACCUUUUUGAUAUUGACAUUCCUGGGAAGAUCACUUUUAUAGAAUCAAAGACUCUAACAGCAGGGGAGACUCCGACCAUUGUGGACACAGAAGUUGGUCGUAUUGGUAUAGGAAUCUGCUAUGAUAUUCGUUUUCAGGAACUGGCAAUUAUAUAUGCAGCAAGAGGUGCUCAUUUGAUAUGCUAUCCUGGGGCAUUCAACAUGACCACUGGACCAUUACAUUGGGAGUUAUUGCAGAGGGCAAGGGCUGCGGAUAAUCAGCUAUAUGUGGCAACUUGUUCGCCUGCUCGGGAUGUUGCAGCUGGUUAUGUGGCCUGGGGCCAUUCCACUCUUGUAGGACCUUUUGGAGAAGUUCUGGCCACUACUGAGCAUGAGGAGGACAUAAUUAUAGCAGAGAUUGACUAUUCACUACUUGAAGUGAGAAGGACAAACCUCCCCUUGACAAAGCAACGAAGAGGUGAUCUUUACCGGCUGGUGGAUGUUCAGAGACUGAAAAGUGACUCAUAAUAAUCGCUGAAAGACUGCUACAGAGACUGAAAAGUGAGCCUUGGCGAUUAUCAAAAGACUGCUAAAACAGAUGAAAUUUCCAGGAACGAGUUAUUUAGUGGAAACUAUUGGAGGCCUCACCUCGUCAAUGUCGUCUUUGAAAUUGUAUUGGAGAAAAGUUAUGACCGGAAGUUCAAAAUAAUUCCCAAAAAACACCGCUACUCGCAAAUUUCAAAGGAAUAAAUUCCCCCGUC